AUGAGUGGUGUCGCAGAAAAACAGAAGAAAACCCUUCCUCCUCUGCGAAGUAGAGUGAGGAAGAUGGGUGAUACCAACCUACCCAAUAUGAAGGGACAGCUGAGUGCACGACCUGCGGAUUCAUUCAAAUCAAAGAAAAUCCGUGGCGAACACGUGACACUAUUGAUGAAAUUCCUUCAAGAAUCAUUUGAUCUUGAGCCUUCAACCACCCCGGCAGAUACGGUCUGUAAACUAAGACUAAAGAUGUCAAGUACAGACAACAAGAUCAAGUGGAUGACAGAACAGCUUAAGGGGAACGAGGUCCUCUUAAAGACCUGCAAAGACAUUGCUGGAGUAUCCGGUCAUCAUUCUCCAGACGGUCUUGCUAAUUACUUUAGCUCAACAUGGAGCAGACAGCGCCACGUCAUAAAAAAGCUUCAGAAUAAGAUCCAGGAACUGAAAGAGAAUGGCCACACUCUUUCAACCGAAGGCCCCAUAGAAAAUCUUAAAGGGUCUGUCUUGUUCUCAUUAUUGAAGACGAAUAAUUUGUUUUAUGAGCAGGAUCUUGCUGGAGCGAUGGACGUGGACACAUCCAACUCAAACAUCUCAACCAUAGUCAAAGAGAUGAAAGACACCUUCACAUCAAUGAAGAAUGACGUCAUCAAUCUCAAGGACAUGGUCAAGGUCAAGAAGGAGGAGAUAAAGAAUGUCCAGGAUCUUGAGAAGACGAACACCAAUCGAAUCGUCGAACUCGAGAAAGAAAUGGACGAUCUCAAGAAAAGGAACAACUAUCUGACCCUUGACCUGGAGCAAUCCCAAGAAAAACUCAAGUCAGCUACCAACCUUGUCAGCGAUCUGGAACACAAGAUCCGUGAUCUUCAAAUUGGCAACGACAGGAAAGCACUUGAAAUCGAGGGUUUGCUUCAGCGCUACGAGGAAGCCGGAGAAAUUGUUUCAAACCUUCAAACAGAGCUGGAUGAUACAAAACAACUUAACCAGUUCCUUAAUCUACAGAUCAAGGCAUCAGAAAAUGCCAAGGUAGACGACGUUGCCAACUGGGAGCAACAAAAGAAGGAACUGGAAUCACAACUUGAGAAACUCCAAGUGAACGAGCCUAAAAAAGACAAUCAUAUCUUAGAGCUGGAGAAAGAAAUCGCCAUCUUGCAGAGAGAAAAACUAGAACUGGAGACAAUAUUUGAGAGCCUGAAAUCAAAGGACUCCAAGACAGAGCAUCCCAAAUCUGAGUCACGUGAUCACAAUACUACAGAGUUCUCUUGGAAGAGCGGUUAUGACUUCACAACACCAAAGGCUCAUGACCGAACAGAGAGUAAAGGUAGCAGCCUUGUUUUGACUUUGGAAAGAAAGAUCUCGGAUCUGGAACAGGAGAAGAAAGAUCUAACUUCACAACUCCAGCGCUUGAAUCAAGAGAAAGACAAUCUGAUCUCACAGCAUGAAACUGAUAUCAACCAGAUCGAGAAAAAGAAAGAAAAUUUGGCAAAACUCCUCAAGUCCUCAUUGCGGGAGAAAUCAGAUCUUUUUGAAGAAAAACUCCGCAAUGAAAGUAAGGUUUCUCAUCUCAAAUCGGGCCUAAAACAUCUCAAGACAAAACUCAAGGAUGAAAAGGCGAAACAUCGAAUGACGACCAAGAAUAUAUUUCGCAAGAAGAAGAUCACCAACCCAGACGUAACCCAAGAGAAGGCAGAGGAAAAGUUCGCCAGGGCAUCUCAACAGCGCCAGGAAUUAGAAAAUCGUUUGGAUAUCAUAAACGAAGAAAAGGGAAAACUUUCUUCUCAACUCGAAGACAUCCAGAAGGAAAAUAAGGAACUAACCGAUCAGUUGUUCACUCUGAAUGAAGAGAAAAUAGAGCUCCAAUCAAAUGCUGAUUGUCUGGAAGAAGAUAAAAGUGAUCUAUCUACCCAGCUCAGUGAGGCUCGCAAACAAUAUCAGGAUUUGGAAGAAGGAUUUGCGGCUGUAUACGCAGAGAAGAAACAACUUCAAGUUCUGAAUGUUAGUUUGGAGAAGGAAAGAGACAACAUGUCAGCAAGGAUCAAUGAAAACCAUCAUCAGGGUCGAGAGCAUAGUUUGUCAGAUGAGGGUCAAGAUCUAGAAUGGGACCAAGAGAUAGAUCUAGACCAGGAACCAAUUCAGGACUUCGCACAGGAUGACAACCAAGAACUAGAAUGGGACCAAGAGAUACCAGUCCAGAAACCAAAGCCUUGCUUCACUGAGGAGAGCCAAGAUCUAGAAUGGGACCAAGAAAUAAAAUCUGUCCAGAGCAAUUCGUACCACUCUCCCUCUAGUAGUUUUGAAAUAGAAAGACACGGACCUAAAUUCGAACUCAGGAAGAGCCCUCAACAAUGUCAGGUGCUUGAUCAAACAUUCCAGAGAAAGAAAACCAUCAAGAAACAAUCUAGCAAUCAGACAGAGAAUGGAGACGGUCUGUCGGCUAAAAUUCAGGAGGCAAACAACAAAUAUCAGGAGCUGGAGCAAGAAUGCGAACUGUUGCUAGGUGAGAAGCUCGAGUUUCAAACUCUAGCAGACAGCUUAGCUGAAGAUAAUUACAAGCUAUCAUCUCAGAUUGGACAAGAGUACGAGGAGAGACGUAAUCUAGAAGACAAACUGAAUUGUUUAGAGGUAGAAGUUGAAAAUCAAGAAUUUUCUACAAAGUUGAAGGAAGAAAAUUCCACCCUUUCCAUCUCACUCGAGUCUGUGCAAAAUCAAUGCAAGGAACUAGAACAAAGAAUUGCUGCCGCAGCCCAAGAUAAGGAAGAAUUCGAAAGAGAAACUCUGAAAUGGAAGGAGGAAAAGAGCGAUCUACUGGAGCAAAUUCAGAAUCAGAAACAAAAUCAGAAAUCCGAUUCAAGACGUAAGGUCGCCCUCAAAACAUCGGCAAUAAUCGACCAAGAGAUUACCAAAGUACUGGACAGGGAGAUUGCACAGAUACAGAUCCGCAAAGAGCAGAAAAAGUUAGAGACUGCUGAAAGAGAUCGUCUGGAAUUGAUGGAGCAAAACAAGGUUGCCAUGGAGAAAGUCGAAGAAUCAGAAGAACUCAGAAUGGAGAUCGAAGAGAAGAACGAGACACUUGAGAAUGAAAUCAAGCUGGUUAAGAACGAGAUAGAGAUUGCCUACUCCAAGUCAGAAGGUUACAAAUCUGAUAUCACCGAUCUCAACAUUCAGAACAGGAGUCUUCAUGACCAAAUAGAGCUUCAGAAGAAAAGCUAUCAGGAGCUAGAGGAGAAAGCAUCCACCAUGAUAGAAAUGGUUGAUCUUAUGGAGACAAAAUUAUUACAAGCUCAGAAUAGACAGAAAGAAGCUGAGGAAGAAAUUCAGGUAAGAUUAUUCUGA